AUGACGAGACUGACGCGACAGAAUGAGUUUCUCACAUACUUGCCAUUGACCCCGGUAGUGCCGCUGAGCAUGAUGCCGCACAUUGCGAUUGGGUGUCUGGGAAUUGCAUUCCUGCUCACAUUUUAUUACACGACGCUGCCGCGUACCAAAAUGACUGUUAUGGAGCCGCUUGUCGCAUUGGCUGCGAGUGCACUUGCCGGUGUCGGUGUUGUCGCUCUGUUUAACGCUGUUGGCGUCUACGCAGAAAUGGUACAUCUCGAUUUAGCACCGCCAGCGCCACCUACUACCUAUGAAGAGCUUGCGCGAGAGCUUGAUAGUAUACCUCGAUACCCUGUAUAUCCCGGCGUGCUGAGUGCGGACGCCAUGCGACAGGCACAAGCGCGCUGCGCAAUGGUCAAAAAAAGGCAAACCGACAUGGCCGCACGAAUGUGCCCCAAUGACCACUCCGACAUCGAUGCAGCGUGGGAAAGGCGCAGGUCAAAUUUGCAUACACGAAACGUUUCUCCAGGGGCGUUGGAUACAAGUGUGCCGCCUGCGUUUCAUUUUGAUACCUAUGACCAACUACCUCUGUAUGCUCAGGCCGUACCUAUCCAGGAUCAAAAUGCACUUGAGAACGUGCCUAUUGCGACGUACCCGAUACCAAAUAAUGACGUGCGUGAAAUGGUGGUACAGAUUUCCGUUUAUUCUCGGCGGCAUGUAGCCCUGACACGCAAGACGCGCGGUCUUUCUAGUGUUAUGCCCGAUACACUAGGACAGCCUUUGACCGACGAUAUUGAUGACGGGCUGGUGCUCUCGCAAAAAAUCGAGUGCUCGACGGACCAAACACUGGAAGCGUUGGCAAAUGCAAUCGUGUGUCGCAACAGGGAGAUUCCCGAGCGCGUUGGCUGGGAAGGGGACGUGGAAGCGAUUAAGCAAGGGGAUGCGCCAAUACAGAUUCAAGGCCACUGGACCGGUGCGCACGAAAUUUCCAGCAUAGGCGCAACAAUCCAGUAUCCAUUGUAUACGGGCGCGAUGUUGCAAACAGAUACGUGUAUGCUCUUGGACGGCUUCCUGUACGGCAAACUGGACCCGGCGCUCCAUGGGUCAUACGUGCGUGCUUUGCUCGACAAGCAAGACGCGGGUGUGCAUUUAUUUCCGUACCCUGUCGUGUAUGGCAACACGCUGAGCAAUGUCCGCAUUCGCGACUUGCCGCAUAUCGUAUUCGGCCAGCCGCAUUGGAUGCUGCACAUGGGCGAUUGUGAGCACAUAUUCACGAUGGAUUGGGUUCGCCGCAUGCAGCCAAAGGAGCCGAUUUUUUCGUACACGACCUAUUUGCAGCGCUGGGCACAAACCCCGCUUGCGCGACAGUACUUUUCGCCCAAAAAGCUCGUUGUUCGCAACGAGAAAGGCGCACUUCCAUGCGAAAUAUGUGGAGGGAUGCGCGAGGCGGCAGUCGCGGUGCUGGGCGGCGAUGCGGUACAGAUUGUGCAUGGAGAGCGCACGCGUUUGGACGGAACUGCACAAAUGGUGACACUCUGCUGUGAACCAUGUUUUCGUGCAGCGACAGGGACAGAUUUAUCGUUCCCAUACGGCGGAGAGAAUGGCGCGCGAUCAGAUGCGCCGUGGACAAUUAUGCCAUUGCUUCAUUCAAAGCGAGUUGAAUAA